UGGUGUCUCUUCGGAACGUGUCCGAAGCAUGGGGCUGUUGUGUGCUGGGACACCUGUAAGAGGAAAAUCGGCCCCUUUCCACGUUGACUUGGCGUAUCGUCAUUUUCCAAUUCACGUCUGCCAUGGCCAAAUUCCUUGCCCUCGCUGCCGUCGCCGCGUCCGCCGCCGCCCAAGUCGAAGUCGUCAACGGCACCGAUGUCCCUGUCAGCAAGUACCCGUUCGUGACGACCAUCCGCGAAGCCUAUGCUCUUUCGCCCAGGUGCGUCGCGUCCUUGAUCGCCCCCAAGGUGCUCCUCGCCUCCGCCAGCUGCUACAGCAUUUCGCCGUCGGGUAUCUAUGCCUCGAUCGGGACAUACUUGUGGGACAAGGACGCUGAACUCAUCAAGAUCGUCAAGCAAACCCCGCACCCCAAGUUCAACAGCGAUACGGGCGACUUCGACUUAGCCAUCUUUGAAUUGGAAACCGAAUCCAAGGCCGUCCCCGUCGCGCUCAAGUUCAACGAAGACGCCGAGAACGAACUCGGCAUGGCGCUUGGCUUCGACCUUGAUGAUGCGGAAGGAGUCCUCAUGGAAGACGACGUCAAAAUCUGGUCCAACGACGAUUGCGCCGAGGCAUACGGGAGCGACGUCUUGCCGUCCACGAUGUGCGCCGGUGGCGGCGACAACGACACAUGCUUCUUCGUCCCUGGUACACCGUUGACCAUCACCCGCAACGGUGUCCAGUACGUCGUCGGUGUGGGGCAUUCGGGGGAUCGAUGUUUCGAGCCGGGUGUUCCCGGCUCCUACUCGCGCGUGUCGGCCGCCCACGACUUCAUCCAAUCCUUCUUGUCGAACACCACCACCGAGCCUGCGUCCUAAGUAGGAAACCUUCAGCUCAGUUGUCCUACUGUAGUCGAUAUGAUGUCUCUAAAGCUCUCGCCCGCACCUUCAUCGAACGCUUCUUGAUUGUCA